AUGGCGGUUCUGGUGGCAUGGGCAUUUCCAGAGCUGCUCGCAGAGGCGAUCUCUGCCGAGGAAGACAAGCAAGACAAGCGUGGCAGCGUGAAGUACCAGCUGGUCAGUGGCGAUGAGGUCUUCGUCGAUGCCAAGGACGUGCUGGCGGCGAACAAUCGGCUCAUCGUGGCAUCCGCCACCGGUGGCAAGGUCUUCUGGGCCGUGGCAGCUGAUUUCAAGCUUCUCGCAGACUACGGCAUCGAUCCCUCGAAUCCUGUGCAGCACAAGAUUCUGGGCCAGCGUGGCUCAGACGACGAGGACAUCAGGCUCGACAUGCCGGAAGUCCGCCGCUACUUGAUAGGCAAGAACUUCGAUGGCGAACAUGCGCCAGAGGAGCUGGCCAAGUACAUGGAAGCCAACCCGUCAGAGUUUCCCACCCGGGAUGUCACUGACUUGAUGUGGGACUUGGCCCGAUCCCAGGACCAACAUCACGAGUUGAUGCAGCUGAUUUUGAACUAUGUCGUCCUGCCGCGAGGCUCUGACUUCGUCGCCGCCGAACUGGCCGAAGUCGCGUGUGCAUUUGCGGUUGCUGGUGUCUAUGAUGAACACUGCUUCAGUUCGCUGGGCGAUGCUCUACACGAACGGUUGGAGGAGCUGGACUUUGAUGCCGAGGGUGGCUGCCUGUCCGCCUUGCUGUGGGCCUUCACGGAGGUAGGCGUCGUGCACACGGAGCUCUAUCAAGCCCUCGCUGAAAAGGGCGCGCGGGCCCUGGUCGAGUUCGAGCCGAAGGUACUCUCCGACGUGCGAGAGCCGUGUUUCUGGACGUUCUUUCGGGCUUCUGCUGGCGUUUGGUCAAACCGAGGCUCGCUGGAAAAUCCUCGAGAUUUUCGUGGGUUCGCGAAAGCAGAAUUCUACGAUCACUUGGCCCCGCUGCUGCUGGAAAGGAUCAAUGACAUCCACCCGGUCAGUUGUGUUUACUUCAUGUGGAGCUUUUGUAAGCCGCUGAUUCUGUGCACAGAACUCUUCGACGCAGUUGCCCGGAGAGUGGUGCCAGAGGUGCAGAAGCUCGACAGGUGUGGCCUUGCUAUGUUCUGCUGGAACUACGCCCACAUCAACCACGAGAGUCCAGAGGUUUUCGAGAGCACGGCGGAAGAGUCCUUGCGGGCCGAGCGCCUCGCCGAACUGACGCCAAGAGACGUCGCUGCCAUCGUCAGAGCUUUCGCUAAGGCGGGCAUGCGUGACGUCGACCUCAUGCAGGCUUUGUGCGACCACGGUUGCGGUCUCUUGAGGGACGGCAUCGACCAGAAGUGCUACAAGCGCCCGAUGAAGUCCUUGGCCAGAGACAUUUAUGAAGAGGACUUCAGCGCCGUGGAUGGCAAGGUCGACGCCUUCGACAUGGUAACUCUGUCUGACAUGCUGAGCUCCUUUGCAGAGCAGCAGUUCGUGCACAAGCAGUUUCUGCAGCUGGCCGAUGAGUACAUGCAGAAGGGCCUUCAGCAGCCGGCACACGAUGUGGUCAAGUUCCUGCGCUUCCCGCAGGCCUUUGAUCAGUAG